UUAGCGACCUCCUCCAACCCGGAUGUUUUGUGUCUUAGGAGCUCAUGGAAGAAAGCGGGCGUGAAAUGUGAAUUGAAGCAAAUUUAAACGUUAUUUAUGAUAUAUAGUUUGUUUGGGGUCAUGUUCCCUGACGCUGAAGGUUCGUGUCCGUUUGUAGAGGACAGUUUUAGUCGCUUUCCGUCACAGAGUAACAUAUACGGCCUGUGCCAAGCGGGAAAAGACGAGCUUCUGGCCGCUACGCUUAAGGGGAAAGUGGUUUGUUUCCGGUACCAAGACCUGCAGCAAAAAAUCCGACCUGUGGCUAAAGAGGUGCAGUUCACUUACAUCCCAGUCGAUGCUGAGAUUGUGUCUAUCGAUGCGUUUAACAAGUCUGCCCCUAACAGAGGCCUGGUGGUGGGAAUCACUUUUAUUAAGGACUCGGGUGAUAAAGCAACGCCGUUCCUGAAUAUCUACUGCGAGUACGAGCCGGGGUCAGAGUUCAACCUGGAGUCCAUCGCUCAGAGCUGCCUGAACCUGGAGCUGCAGUUCACUCCCUUCCAGCUCUAUCACACUGAGCUGCAGUACGAAGAAGGUCAUAGAGAGACUGUGUUCCUGCUCAGUGGACAUGAUCAACGCAUACACCUCUAUAAAGAAAAUGCUUCACUACAUCAGUUUGAGGAGCAGCCAGUAGAGCGUUUCUUCCCCGAGCUGAAGGAUCUGCCCAGCAAUGUGCUGUGGAUGAACGUUUUGAGUAUCGACGGUGGUCGUCGGCUCACGGCAUUUGGCUGUCAGAACGGCUGUGUGGGACUCGCGCUCGUCAACCAGAGAGGACCUGAGAUCCUCCAGAGUUGGCGUUUGCAGCAGGACAGUCCCAUAUCCACAGUUUUACUCUUCCCCCUGAAGGUGGCGGCCCUGAACACCAACACAGACGAAGAUCAGCAGGAUCAUGUGAUGGAGUAUAACCUGUUGGUUAGCAGCACUAUAGAGAUGGCGGUGGUUUACAGAGAUGUAGAGCGGUGUGGUGUGAGCAGGCCGGUGUGUUUAGCGGGCAGUGAUCAGUGUGACGCCGUGCUGUGUGCCCUCCUUAUCGACCUGGACUUUGACGGACAGCUGGAGGUGCUGCUAGGAACGUAUGGACUGGAUCUGCUCUGCUACAAAUUCCAGCAGCCUACAGGCAGCACCGAAGGGCAGUUCCAGCUCAUGUGGAGGCGGAGCUUCAAGAGCCCCCUGCUGUCAAUCAUCUACCUGGACCUGACUGGGGACGGAUUGAAGGAGCUGGCCAUUCUGACCAUAAAAGGACUGCAUAUAUUACAGCACAGUCUCAGCAGCACGGCUGAUCUCGUUCUGCAGCGGCUGGCCAACAGAGUGGCGAAGCUCUCCACCGCCCCUGAAAUCCAGCCAAUCACAAAGCAGGAUACCGAACAUACUGAACAAUGAUCGCUUCAUCCUGAAAGCCUCUUGUGCGGCUUUCUUAGUGCACUACGAAGGAUAUGGGCAGCCAUUUUGUGUUCAUCACAAUCGCUGCAGAUUAUGUGUGUUGGAACGUCAGCCGUUUUAAGAAACGUCCCAGACAUUAUAGAACUGGCCGUGGGACGGCAUGUUACCCACAAUGCACUGCAGGUGGACAGUACAACACUGAAAAGUGGCUGCCAGGAGUGAGCAGGUUUACAGUGUAGUAUUUAAAUCGUUGUUACAUGAACUGAAAUGCAACGUUAGCAAUGUUCGCUACGACAUAUAGCCACAGGAUACUGUCUCUUCUACUGUCUCUUCGCUCUCUUCUACUCGUUCAUCUACUAAUCAAAUAUUAGUUUCAUAUCCAAUGAAACACAGCUAGCUGGUAUUAGCUGACAGUAUUAACUAUCAUAGUGGAGAGAAGAAAGCUUGUCCGUAUGUGUGAUAAACAUAUUUUUAAGAUGUCUGAAGUGGUAAUUCUUCAGUGGAACUUGAAGAAUCCAAUAAGUUGGAUUGUGUCUUAUUUAUCUGCAUUAAAAAGGUUUGUAAAAAUCA